AUAGCAAGCGAAGUGCAGUAGGUGCGCUGCGUCAGAGCUUCUGCUGCUGCUGCGGUUUCCUGCAGCAUUUGAGUUUUCUCUCUCGCGAGUGGGCUAAAUCGCAUUUGAGUAACCGGACUCUCAGAUGUUUGACCACCACACGGAGACUCCAGAGUCUGAUGGACUCAUGUAAACACUGGUCUCUGGUUUCAGCUGAGCAGGUUGGACUUCCCUGAGUUAGCCUGGAUGAGUCCGCUGGGAUCAGAACUCGAAGCUUGGUGGUUCUGAAAUCACACUCUAACAUGGAGUCUCGACAUCGCAUGAGGGAGGAUGAGGAGGAUGAAGAUGAUGCUGCUCUCCAGUACAUGAUCGCACAGAGUCUUCUCGUGAGCCAGAAGAAGAGCAAAGACGCUGAGUCAGCCGAAGACAACAGGUUUGAGGCGGAGGACUGCAGUUCCAUCUUCUCAGGCAUCAGACGAGGUGACGAGAAGCUGGUCCGGGAACUGAGUCUCAGAGACCCGAGCACCUUUCAUCAGACGGACAGUCGGGGCUGGACUCCGCUCCACGAGGCGGCUGUUCAGAGGAACCAGAACAUGCUGCAGCUGACUUACAAUGCUUCAGGUCCAGACUUGGUGGACCAGCAGAAUCUGCAGGGUCAGACUCCACUCUUCCUGGCUGUAGAACAAGGUCUGCUGGAGAACGCAGCCUUCCUGCUUCAACAUGGAGCCCAGCCAGACACACAGGACCACAACCAGGACUCAGCACUGCUGGCAGCAAUCCGCUCCGAGCGCACUGAUCUGGUGAAGCUGCUGCUCUGGCAGGGGUCAAAGGUCAACCAGGUGUGCUGCCACGGGCGCCGCCCGCUCCACGAGGCCUCUCGCCUGGGCAGCACCGAGCUGGUGACCCUGCUGCUGCAGGCCGGAGCUCAGCCAGACCCCCGGAGUCACUAUGGCCUCACGCCACUGGCUCUGGCUGCGCAGGGAGGUCACCUGGAGGUCGUGGAGAUGCUCCUGAAAAAAGGAGCCGACUUCCUGUCUCAGGCUCAGGACGAGGCCUCAAUCUUGUACGAAGCGUCAGCCUCCGGACAGCCAGGCGUGGUCAGUCUGCUGCUGGACUACGGCGCCGACGCCAACGUGGCCAAACUCACCGGGCACCUGCCCAUUCACCGCGCCGCCCACCGAGGACACCUGCAAGUUCUAAAGCUGCUGAUUCCAGUCACGUCCAUGAGUGAAGUCUCCGACAGUGGGAUGAGCCCACUCCACUCUGCUGCUGCCGGAGGGAACACCACCUGUAUCCAAGCCUUGCUGGAUGCAGGUUACGACCCCAACGUCAUGCUGCACCCAUCCGUGCGCUCCAGCUACCACGACGAGAGGAAGUCUGCGCUUUUCUUCGCUGUCUCCAACAGUGACCUGGAGUCAGCUCAACUGCUGCUGGAGGCUGGGGCCAUGCCCAACCAGGACCCGGUCAAGUGUCUGCAGGUGGCUCUGCGUUUGGGAAACUAUCAGCUGAUCCACCUGCUCCUGAGACACGGCGCCAAUGUCAACUAUUACUCUCGAGUGAACACCACGCACUUCCCAUCUGCCCUGCAGUACGCCCUCAAAGACCAGGUGAUUCUUCGGAUGCUUUGCAGCUAUGGCUAUGACGUGCAGCGCUGCUUCGACUGUCCUUACGGCAACAGCGCCCAUAUUCCGGAUGACUAUGAAGGUUGGACCAGCACCGUCAUCAAAGACACUACGUUCUGCGAGGUCAUCACAGUCUCCUGGCUGACGCAUCUCUCGGGUCAGGUUGUCCGAAUACUGAUGGAUUACGUGGACCAUGUCAAGCUCUGCUCCAAGCUGAAGUCAGCACUGAUGGAGCAGUGUCAGUGGCCCGAAAUCUGCAGACUACAAGAGAACGCUCGCUGUCUUCAGCACCUCUGCCGCCUGAGGAUCCGCCGGUGCCUCGGCCGUCUGCGCCUGCGCUCCUCCACCUUCAUGAGCUUCCUGCCGCUGCCGACGCGGCUGAAAGACUACAUCCGGUACCAGGAGUACAACCUGUACAGCAACGUGAGCUAGCCUGCUGGAGCUGGCGAGGUUACCACCACCUUCGUCGACUGCGGUCUUCCACUUGACUCCCACAAAAGCAUGUUAAACCCGGUCAAAAGUCUGAGCGAUUCAUGGAUUCACUGUGUCCCAUUUCUCAGCCCAACACUAGCACUUGGUUCUGAGUGGCCUCCACUAUGUGGUACCAAGUGAAGUGACUGACGUCCCUAAGAAUUGUUUCCAGUGUUGGAGACGUUUUGGAAAUGGCAGCUCCAACGUGUUAGCAACCUCUUGCAUCGGUGCUGAUCAUCUCACUUGGUUUGGUGAACCAGCGUAGAAGAAAUGGGCGGAGCCGAAGCUGGCUUCACCUCUAUGUUGCGGUGAUAGAUCUGUUAGAGAUAUGACGAUGCCAACGUUAGCCUGGAUGCUAGCCGACUGUUGAUUGUUAAGAAGAAAUAAAAACCAUACUGUUGUCCAUCCAUGUUGUGUUAUGCAUGUUGUCGGACACGGUAGACCAUUUGGGUCGCUGACGUGCGAUACCAGAGAAAGAAAGCAGACGGAAGAGUAGUCCUAGUGACUAGAAUGUCCCUGUUGUCCUAUCCAACAUAGUUUUUAAAUAAAGUACUUAUGUAUCCUGGAAAUCUAUCCACACUUCAUGUUCCCACUUGGUUUCAAGUCAGCUCCGGAGCUCCCUCGGUUGAAGGGAUCAUUUCAAGUGAGAACUUGGUCUUAACAGUAUUCGGACACACAAACUUACAUGUGAACGCGCAAAACCCAGUGUUAGGGUCAAAAACGAGAA